UGGACGAUGAUGAAGAUCUUGUCAUGGUUGAUAAAAAUGACGACGCUCCCAGCCCGGAGAAGUCAAGUCGCGAUCGCAAAGGAAAAUCGAAGGUAACUGACGCCCCGCCGCCGGCUGUCCCAAUGCCGCCUUCAAGUGUCGAUCCGCCAACUCGACGACGGACCUUGACGAGAGAGCCAAGUGCUAACGCAAAGAACGAGAAACAGACAAGACAAGACGAGGAUAUUGUCAUGGUUGAUGCCGGAGGCCCAUCAGAGGCGCUACCACCACCUGUAUUGAGGAGGGCCGACUCGAGUGCCAAGAAGGCUGCUGCUGCUGGAAUUGGUGGAUUAUUUGGUGGACUGCUGUCAAAAUCUCGUCCCGAAUCUAAACGUCGAUCCACUGCUAUGACUGAUGAAGGCAGACGAGACCUUCGCCGCGAAGACCGGAAGAUCAAACGCCCAGCCAAGGACGAUGAGGAUAUUGACGAAGAAGAGGUCAGACGGGCCAGACGGGCUCGGAGGGCAGAACGUGGCGCUGCCGAGAAAGCUGCCGAGGAGGCGCGAAGAGCAAAGGAUGAGGAGAGACGUGAACGACGGCGGAGACUGGAGGCUGAGGCCGAGGCUCGCCGUCAAGAGGAGAAAGAUGCCAAGCGUGCUGCCAGACGUGCCGCGCGUGAGAAGGAAGAUGCUGAUCGUGAAGCUGCUGAGGCCAAAGAAGCCGAACGCGCCGAGAGGCGUCGCGCCAGGAAGGCCGCGGAGCGUGAAGCUGAUGUUGAACCUCGAUCAUCGGAUCGUCGACGAUCUCACAUGGACGCUGACGGUGAUGAAGAGCGCCGCAGGAGACGUGAGGAGCGACGUGCAGCACGUGAGGGAGGCGAUACCCCGAGAACGAGCCGUCGCAAGUCUGCCCCGAUUGUCGACAACUACAUUCCUGCUGAAGGUCCAGUCUACAGGGAUAGGAAGGAGAAUUCGAAGGGCAAGGAGAAGAAGACUGGUUGGCCACACUCCGGGACCGAUUCGUGGGUUCAAGACCAUUCAGAUGCCCCGCCACCACCCGAGGAUAUACCUCCUGUCGACGACAGGACUCCUGAGGACAGAGAGAGGACCAGUGGAAGAAAGUCGCGCCGACAUUCGAAAUAUGACGAUGUGACCGAGGACGACCAAGAGGAGCGUCGACGAAGACGCGAAUCAAGACGCGCUGAGGUCAAAAGCUCCGAAGGAAGCCAGGAAAAUGGGCGAAGAUCCAGCAACCGCAGAGAUUCGAGCUUUGUCGACAACAGCAGAGCACCAAGCGCUGCAGGAGGACUUUUCAGUCGGUUCAAGAAGAUGACGAGCGGUUAAGAGUUAAGGACGAUUAAUUUGUUGCAUUUCGGCGAUGGCGUUGUGUGUCGUUGGGUGCUCGCUAACGUUGUGUUGUCGUCUGGAGUUCUGGGAUCAAUCUUGGGGUCAGUGGAGCAUCAGGGGGCUUGGAUCUUGGAUACCCUUGGACCAGGCAGGUGAACUGGUUUGUAGGAAUACGUCUGAGCCAGCCGGCGGUUUAUAUUUUGCCAUAUACCCUUUGCGUUAUACCAGGUGUACUUUUAUUAUUAUGGCCCGAGACCGCACUGAAAAACGAGAUAUAGUUUGAUAGGCAUGUUCCCGUCCAACAAUGUCCCAAUUCCAUUCCCUCCCAUC